GUUUCAAAGUACUGUGGCUCUGGCAUAAUAGCAAAGAGAAACUGGUCACAUCAGUGCUCACGGUCAUAAUAAAGAAAUACCUGACAGGCGGCACGAGCACACUUCCUUUUUCGCAGCACUCAGAGACGCAAGGAGCGCUUCGCCGUGGGACUCAGGAGUAGAGUUGCUCAGCAGAGCCCACACAUUCCUGCCAAAUACCUGAAAAGACGGACACUUCUCCUGCACCACGGACUGGAGGACCAAAACGAAACUGGAAAAUGAACGAAACGAGUACAGUGGAAUACGAUUACGGGCCUUCCCCCUGCGACAUGGACAGGAACCGCCAGGUGGAGCAGGCUGCACAGCUAUAUGUACAUUCCGUUAUCUGUGUGUUGGGUCUGGUGGGCAACAUUUUGGUCAUAGUCACAUACACUCUGUACAAGAGGACCAAGUCCAUGACGGACGUGUACCUACUGAAUGUCGCCGUAUCUGACUUGAUGUUUGUCGUGACCCUGCCGCUGAUCAUAUACAACGAGCAGUACAACUGGGACAUGGGGAACUGGGCCUGCAAGCUUCUGAGGGGCAUGUACAGCAUCAACUUGUACAGCGGCAUGCUGCUGCUGGCUUGUAUCAGCGGUGACCGCUACAUCUCCAUCGUCCAAGCGAGGAGAUCCUUCAGGAUCCGUUCUCGAACCAUGGCCUACAGCCGCAUCAUCUGUGUGCUUGUAUGGAUGGUGGCCCUGGGGCUGUCCAUCCCGACGUUCAUCUAUUUUAAGAAAUAUGACGAGAACGAUAAUAUCGUAGAAUCCUCAGAGUUGGACUUAAUUAAUUCCGGAGAGAGGGAGGCAGUGUGUGAUUUUUGGUUUGAGAACAACAGCACAGCUCCGUUGAUGAAAAUUAUGGUUCCGAGCACACAGGUUGCUGUAGGGUUCUUCCUUCCUUUUCUCAUCAUGUGCUUCUGCUACUCCAGCAUAAUCUUAACUCUGCUCCGGGCCAAGAACUUCCAGAGGCACAAGGCCGUGCGGGUGGUCGUGGCUGUGGUCGUUGUCUUCAUUGCCUGCCACCUCCCCUACAACAUCGCACUGCUGUACCACAUUGUAGAUAUGUUUCGCCCAAAGGACUGUAAAGAACAAGAGUGGACAGAGAUGGCCCUCACGAUCACAGAGAGCCUCGCCUACCUACACUGCUGCCUCAACCCUGUGCUCUACGCUUUCAUAGGGGUCAAGUUCCGAAAUCAUUUCCUCAAGAUCCUGGAGGACCUGUGGUGCCUGGGCAAACGGUACAUCUAUUCCAGACGUUCCUCCAGGUUCACUUCAGAAUUCUAUGUAUCCCGGAAGUCCACAGAAGGGUACAACAAUGAAAAUGCAUCUUCAUUUACCAUGUGAGAAAUGCACAUGGAGCACUGACUAUAUUUGUUUAAAACCUGCCCUUUAAGUCCUCAAAGAAAAUUAUGAAAGCAAGAUGUGCGGAUCAGUUGGAAGAAAAUAAAAAAACUAGGUAAAUGAGUUCUGUGCCACGGAUUUCAGGGUUUUCCUCAAGCUGCACUGCAGUAGAAAGGAUGUCAAAAAGGUAAAUGGCAAACGGAUGCAUACUGUCGCUUUGCCAAGAGCAGCUGGUGGCACAAGAAAUGCAAAAGGUGUCAGUGCAGUGAAUGUGGAUCCCUGCAGACCCGUCAGAGUUCUUAGAACUUACGCUGAAGGAAAAAGUGCUACUGAUUUGCUUGUGUCACCUUAAAGAGUGUCAUAGCUGCUGCUGGCCACCGAUUCAAUGUGCCCCUUCUGCCACCAUGUGUCCCCCCUCAAAACACAGGGUCUCGGCGUGCAGUUCUGCCCGAGCAGAACUAAAACACUGAACAGCAAAAU